CAACGGAAACAGGAGAGAAUCUAAACCAAAACACUCAGCAAAACCACAGUCCCCACCCUCGCGCGCCACACACACACACACACACACCCUCCUCACCGCCCACUUUUUCCGGCGUAUAUUCCGAUGAAUCUCCCACUAUAAUCGGAGCAGAAUUCCAUUGUAAUGAUCAGAGGAGAGUGACGAGCUAGCUAUCAUCGGUGGUCGCGUUAGCCAUGUCGCUGUCGUGCUCCGACUGCUUCUCCGACCUUCUCUGCGGCGAGGACUCGAGUAUCAUUUUCUCCGGAGGAGGAGAUGACUUGCCGGAAUAUUCGUCGGACAUCGAAUCUCGCCAACUGGACGUCGAGGAAUCCAUCGCCGGACUCUUAGAAGACGAGAGAGAUCUCGCCGUGAUUAGUUCUCGUCCGUCGUUGCAUCAAUCGAUUGAUGCUUCUGAUAGAGCAGAAUCUGUUGCAUGGAUUCUCAAGGUGCAACGUUAUUACGGUUUCCAGCCAUUAACGGCGUAUCUCUCCAUCAACUACUUCGACCGUUUUCUUCACUCCCAUCACUUGCCCAAAAUGAACGGAUGGCCAUUGCAACUACUGUCCGUUGCAUGCUUGUCAUUAGCAGCUAAGAUGGAGGAACCUCUGGUUCCUUCUCUCUUAGAUUUCCAGGUUGAGGGUGCGAAAUUUAUUUUUGAACCAAGAAAUAUCCAAAGAAUGGAGCUUCUUGUGCUAAGAGUCUUGGAUUGGAGACUCCGAUCUAUUUCUCCGUUCUGCUAUCUCAGUUUUUUCGCCCUCAAAAUUGAUCCAUCUGGGACUUAUACUGGAUUUCUUACAUCAAGGGCAAAAGAAAUUAUUCUCUCAACUAUUCAAGAGGCUAGCUUCCUCGAGUACAGGCCAUCAUGCAUUGCUGCUGCAGCCAUACUUCGUGCAGCAAAUGAUCUGCCAAAUUUCUCUUGCAUUACUGCUCAACAUGCCGAAUCAUGGAGUGAUGGACUUCAAAAAGAUAAUAUUAUGAGUUGCCAUGAGUUGAUUCGGCAAAUUGGGUCAAAAAAUAAGUCGAAGAAGCAACCCAAGGUUCUACCACAGCUCCGAGUCAUGACUCGGGCGAGUAUUACCUUAAGCGAUUCAUCAUCAUCCUCGUCUUCCUCAUCCUCUUAUAAAAGGAGGAAAUUAAAUAAUGAUUCAUGGGCGGAUGAUGACAAAGAGAAGCUCUGAUUAAGUGGGGGUCAAAAAGCUAAAAAAACAAUAACUAGAAAAGAAAAAAGAAAGAAAGAAAAAUGUGGUCCAAAGUUUGUCUAGAAUCCUCAAUAUUUUUUUCUCAGAGGGUGAUGAGAUAAAAAUUGACAUGAGUGAUGUAGAUAAGUGGUAGAUAUAUAAUGUAUGUAAGUGUUUGGGAGAUUUUAUUAUGACCCCUUUUCUUGGGUGUGCAGUGCUGAUUCCCAAGGGAAUUGGGGUUUUGGUACAUAGUAUAAUUAUUUUGGUGUGAAAAGGGAGAAAUUUGCUUAGCACAUUGGGGAAUGGAGUGAUGGAGUAUGAAUGAAUGGAGCGGGGGAAGUGACUGAAAAUCAAAGGUGGUGUUGUGUUGAUUGUUGAAUAGGUUUUGUGGGACCAAAAAGAGAGUGAAAAAAUCAAAGGAGUUGGCAAAAAUAUGGGAUUAUUCAUGGAGUGAGUUUUGAAGUUUGAGCUCUUUGUGAGACAAUAAUGCAAGUCAAGACCUCUCUCAUAUAGGCUAGCUACUAGCUAUCAUUGCACUCCUUUUACAGGUAGAGAAAUGAAGAAAAAAGAGACCAUGGUGGUGGACGAAAAUAAGGUUCAUUCAUGGCUCCAUCAAAAUCAGACUUUUAUUUUUUCUUUUUUUUGGAUUUUGAGUGAUGUGUAUACACACGUAUAGUGUGUUCUACACAUGUGCAUGUGUGCUUUUUUGGCGGGAAAUUUUCCCUUUUUUCUUAAUUUUCUUGUCCUAACCAUAUACUGGACUUUUAAUUUUUUGUUUUCUUGGGUGUCGAUCGCAUGUGUG